AUGAGUGGUGUGUUAACAUUAAAUUUAAGGUGUAGUGGAGAUAAGGGACAAUGUACCUGUGGCAGUGAUAUAACCGACCUAAAGGUCAAAAAGGAGACUAAUAUUGGUGGCGUCACUAACUUCAUCAAAUAUACACACCAUCUUGAAGGACACACCUUUAAGCUUAAUAUCACACUCAAAGAUGGAGAUCAGAUAAGGGGAGGUUUUACAGCAAGAAGGGGACAGCCCAUAAAAGACGUUGAAGAAGUUUCUGUUUAUUACUGGAGUGGAAAACCGGAUAAACCAAUCCUCCUUGGAAUUACCACUACUAGUGGUGAUAGACAACCAAAGUACUAUAGCAGAGGUGAUGGAUCAGGUCUGUCUUGGAUGAAUGCUCCAGUGGCUGAUAAAAAUCUGAAUGAACAAGAAGCACUUGAUGAUCAAAAUUGCCGAAGGAACCAAGCCGUCCCCUUUAACAUAAUAAGUUCUCAAUUUGGUUCUCUUCUAAAAGAGUCUAAAUCUAACUGUCUGAAUAAUUAUAGAAGGAUAGAACCUACAAGGCCACCUCCACCUUCCCCUCCAGGGAGUAACUAUAGCGUAACAACUUAUAAUAUAACCGGUCCUGCUGAGGAUACAAAAAUAUCGAGGGUAACUUUACGUGGUGAUUCUGUAAACAUUACUUUCAGAAAACAUGAUGCAAUUGAGAAAAUAAGACUAUAUUCAUAUCAGGGUAGUGGAGACGUACCUCUUAUGCUUGAGUUUAAACCAAAGAACGGAGGAGGUUCCACUUUUUAUGAAAGUACAAGCCAAGAUGGUAAUAACUGGAUAGAGGUUGGGGAUGGUAAGUCAAAGAACUUUUAUUCUGGAGAUAAAGGUAAUACUAAACCUACAGAUGUCCUUUCUGAGAAACUUGACGAAGUAUUAUGCAAACAGUACAACAAUGUUACUCUGGAUAUAUCCUAUGGUAAACAUAAUGGAGGUAAUAGUCAACAUUGUUGCAGCGAUCAUAAAGAUGGUAUAUCUGUUACUAGUGGAGAUAUAAAGGUAAAUGAUGAUACAAAGACUUCAUACUACAAAUACUCCUUACCUCAGGGACGACCUAAUCUAGCUGGUAUUAAGUAUUACAAUAAUAGUGACAGGAAGAAUAUAAAAAUAGGCGGACUGCCAUUUUCUGGUUCUAAUCCAAUCAAUGUCUAUGCCUUUUCCUGUACAGGGGAAAUUCCAGUUCUCAUUUAUGUCGACAGCAAAAGCGCUAUUUCUAGAGGAUGGUACAAAAAAGAGGAUAAUAGUGAUAACUGGAAAUGGAUCUCUGAACUGAUUGGUAUAAAACCCACUGAUUUUAAAGAUCUAACUUGCGUUAAAUGGAGGAAGCUCAGGAAACAUCUGACAGGGCCUAGUUGUAAUGGCUUAUCAGACUGUUCUUACAACGGUAAUACUCAAAAAGAAGCAGAAGAUGAAGAACAACUUAAACAAGAAGAAAAGAGGGAACAGGAGAAACGAAAUGAAGAAAUAAAAAAACAAACUCUUCCACUUCCCCAUGGAGCUCCUGUACCUGGACCCUCUCUAGGUACUGCAGACUCUAGUAGUUCCGGAAGUACUAGUGGAGUAAGAUCCAGAUCUUCUGGUGACACUGAUUCACAUUUACCUAAACAUCAAACUCAACUACAGAUAGUAGCGCAAUCAGAUCCGCAAAAAGUAACCAUUGAACUCAAACACAAGCCACCUAAUGACGGGAGUGUAAAAACUUAUACAGGAGCUUCUACCGGAGGUAGGACUAUUACUGUCACAAGAACUCCUGAUCCUACUCCUGACUUCUGUAAAUAUACUCAUAUUCAAAAUGGCGGACUACCGUUCGAACUAAAGGAAAUACAAAGGGAAGAUGACAGCAAGAUAGAUAUUUUUGGACUCAAUUUAAGAAGCGUCUCAUCGGUUUCUGCAUAUUAUUGGACUGGUAAAACGGAAAGAAACCCACUGUUGAUUGAUAUUUCAUAUAGUGACGGGAAGUUUAAGUAUUACGCUAAUAGUAAAGGCAAUAAAUGGAAUGUUACACAGGAGUAUAUAAAAACUGAAGCAUCAGGUAAACUUAGUGACUCUCAACUGCUCAAGGAACUCACUCUUCUAAAUUGUGAGAUCAACGAUGUUAUUCAAAUAGAUGUUACUAGGAUUCCAAACUCUGAUCAUACAGAAACUAUAUAUUGUCAUUAUGGACAUGAUGACAGUUAUAGUAAGAAAAUAAAGGUUGAGGAAGUAAGUGAUAGUGGAAGAUUUGGAAACUAUACUGCUUUUGUUCAUACUCCAAAUCCAUCUAUAAGGACGUUUAACAUAUCUGCAUUCACCAAAAACGGUACUCCUAUAACACUAAGUGGUCUUCGCCUACCUGUUAGAGAUGCUAACAAAGUAGUUGUAUAUUUCUGUCGAAGAGAAGUUGAUACUGGCACUAGUGCAAGGAAUCCUCUUCUAAUUUAUCUACCGAAUUCCGAUCAGGGAGAGCACUGGUUUAAAAAACCUGAGGAUAGUAGUAAUGAAUGGAAGCCAGCUUCUAGCUUAAAGAAUAGUUAUGAAUCCGAUUACACAAAGAUCAUUGAAAUACUGGAUGGACUAGAAAGUGCAUGCAAACCACCGGAAGUCACUAUAAACAUUUAUAACAGACUUACUGGAGGAACUCGCCAUUAUAACGAAACUAGCUGGGUUGAUGUAGAGGAUUCUUUAAACUCCAAUAUAAACGGUUUUACCGAAUAUACCCAUAAGGCAUAUGGUAUAAAAGGUAGCUACUUCACAGUUAAUAAGUUCCAAUGCGGUGAAAAGGAUAUUGAAUGUGGGUUGGAAAGAACUGAAAAGGUCACUUCAGUUUCAGUCUUCUACUGGACUGCCUUGGAGACUGAGAAAAGGGGUAGACCUCUUCUUGUCAAGGUGGUCAUAAAGAAUCCUACCGGAGGAAUAGUUAAUGAGAUGUACUAUGAGAACAUGGGUGUUGGGUCCGAUGAUAAUACUCAGUGGCAAUUGUGGAUUCCACCAGGAUAUCCUAAGAAUGCUCUGAAAGAUAAACUUACUCUCCUAAAUUGUGAUCUAAACCAUGUAGUAAACAUAGAUAUUAGCAGGACACGUGGUAACUAUUGUGGUCAUAGGCAUCACAAUGCUAAUAAAAAGGGUACUGUAAAGGAAGUAUGUGAGAAGAACCUAGGAAGAUACAAAGCCUUUGAACAUAAGCCAAAUGAGAAGGCUUAUACUGUAAACUCUAAUCCCAAGGCAUUUCACAUAUCAGAGUUUACAAGUGGGAAAGACAUAACACUUAAUGGCCUACCAACACCUAUUCUUGAUGCUAAGAAAGUUGUUGUCUACUUCUGUGGUAAGAUUCCCCUCUUGGUUUAUAUAUACUCUAAUGAUCUUAUGACUGGUCCUGAGAAAUGGUUUCAGAGUGAGGAUGGAGGAGGUACUUGGAGAUCUGCUUCUACCUUGAAUGGAAACAAUGGCGCUAACAAUGACGCCAUCGUCGGCCUUCUGGACACUCUUAACAGCCCAUGCAAACCCUCUUCUAUCACCAUAGACAUUUAUAAGAGAAGUUCUUCUGGAGCAACAUAUCAUCAAUAUACUGAUACAAGUUCCAGAAGAGUGAUUACUGUAACAGGUGUCAGGAAUAGCUCACCUGGCUUCAUUGAGUAUAGACAUGCAAUUCUUGGAAGGACUACAUUUACCAUUGAGAAGUUCCAAUAUAAUGAAAAGCCUGUUACAGGUGGUUUGAGUGUACCCAUGAGUAAAGUGGAGGAAGUCUCCGUAUACUAUUGGUUCCCUCUGGAAACUAUGGAGUAUAUGGACAAGAGUAGACCCCUUCUUUUCAAGGUUACCCUGCACGGUGGAGAUGAAAAAUGGUAUGAAAAUAACGCUGAAUGGAAAAGUGCUGAAGGAUCUGGAAUAUUUUCUCCAGACAAUUUCCAAAAGAAACUUCAGAUGCUCAAUUGCAAACUCAACUAUGCUGUAAUAAUAGAUGUCGGUAAGGCUACUACCACAGAAUAUGAUGCUUGUGAUGAUGAUAUGAGUCUGGAUAGGUUUCAUAGUAAUGAUAAGAUGAAGGUUGAAAAGGAUGAUACUCUCGGCAGUGAACUUGGUAAAUUCGUGGUUUAUACUCACAAACUAAAGGAUAAUAAUUCAUCUGGUACCAAGUUUCAUAUAGUAUCUUUUAAGAAUGGGUCUCAUAUAAUGAAUCUAAAUGGAGUGGUAACUCCAGUUCUGGAUGUGGACGUUGUGAAAGUAUACUUUUGCUCAAAGGAGCGAGAUAAGCCCCUCCUAAUAUACUAUCAUAUCUCUAAUGGAGGAUCACCUGAACAUCACUGGCAUCAGAAUAAUGGUGAUACUACUACUGGUAAAUGGGAACCUGCAGAAAAUGGUUUAUCCGACAACACUGAUCCAGAUUCUCCAGAAAACCACAGAAAGAUCCUCAAUGUAAUCAAUGGUCUUCCAACUAAAUGCAAACAGAGUACUCCUCCUACUGCUCUUACUUCUGAUUCUCCUCCCUCUCCUCCACCUUCUGCUGAACUUCCUCCUGAAGCAUCUCCUUUUGUUGAAACUGCCGCUACUGCUACUGGUCUUGGUGUAAUAUUUGGAUCAUCCUCAGGUACUCUUGCAGGAACUGGUUCUCUUACUGGACUUGGUUGGUGGAUGUUUAAACGUUCUAAAGGAGAUCCUUGGGUUAGACAGAUUUAA